AGUCGGUAUGAUAGAAUAGCUUCUAUCAAAAUGGCCGAGUAUUCGUGGAAGGCUAAAUUCUAAUCACCAAGAAAAAUCUUUUGAGUGUGCUAACUAAUCAUUUAAGGCUUGCGAAUAACAGGCAGGCCUAUUUUUCCGAGGAUAUGUUGUCGUCUGGUAAACGUAGUUUAUCCAAAGAAGACAUCAAAGCCGCAGAUAAAGAUGAGAAAGAGUCAUUAUUGGAGCAUGACAGCGAUCUCGACGAGGAGAUGCUGUUCACUCGGCCCAGUACGUCAAGUGGAAAUGAGAAUGUUGACAAUAAGAUGGAUAGCGUCAAGCUGCAGAUUCAAGAAGUGGCAGACGUGAUGCGAGAUAAUGUCCAAAAAGUAAUGGAUCGUGGCGAGAGGCUAGAGGAUUUACAGGAGGCGAGCGAUCGUCUGAGCAUGGCUGGAAAUGAAUUUAGAGAAGCUGCGAAGAGAGCGCAACGGAGAGCAUGGCUGCAGAAUGUGAAAUCUAGAAUCAUUAUUAUCAGCAUUACUGUGACGAUCGUGCUUUUUAUAGUUGCGCGUGUCGUUUUCAGUUUUGGACAUCAUGGUACUUUACCUGGUUCUCAGAUAGCAAGUAUGAUGUUCCGAGCCUCGAUCAUUUGAAUUAAGUAUCCAUCGUUGUGAAAUACACCUGACUGAGGAACCACCAAUAUCUGUGCUGUACAUGUUGUACAUUAUCUUCCUACGAACUAAUUAUAAGUAUUGUAAUUGUAUAAAUUUUUCUGUACAAAUACAUUUCUUCUAUGUUAUUUUUUUGUAAACACGUGCCGUUGUUUUGUACAUUGAAUUAUUAUAAAAGUCACAUUACCAUCUAUGUUAAUUUUAUAUGAACAAAUAGUUGAAAUUAAGAUGAUGCGAUGAUGCGUUGUUUACAGUUUUAUAUCUCACGUUAGUUUCAAUUGAAUUAUGUUUAUAUUUCUGCAUUCGUGUUGAAUAAUAAAAUUACUUUUGUAUCUUUUUUGCUUUUUUUUGUUUAACGCACCGAAGUUUUUUUGGGCAAAAAUUCUCAAUGUGUAAUGCGAUUUUGCUUACAAAGGGAACUAACAGUGCAUCACCGAUUUUAAUAAAAUUUUAUGGAUUAGUAUAGUAUUCACUUACGCAUUUACGAAAGUAAAGCUGUAAGUUGUGAAAAUUAGUUACUCUCGAGAAAGUAAUGAUUAAAUAUUUCCAGCAUCUAUAGUACUGUUACAGCUUUUAGCUUUUUAUAUGAUCUAGAUUAAAAAAAAAAAAAAAAUGAAACCAUUUUACUCGGAGACAGUUGUAGGACGAUUUUCCUAACGUCGGAUGUUACACCGCUGAGUCGACAUUUUAAAUUGUCUCGACAUUUUAAAAAGUUCUUUUUUAAGCCAAUGAAAUUAUUUUAAACUUCUUAUUAUUAAUUAUUUUAAUCCAAGUAAAAUACAUUUUAUAAAAUGUUCAUCUAACGUUUUGUAACACUUAUUAGUGUGUAAGAUUUACGAAUAAUCAUUAAUUUAUAAGUUUUUUAUUCAAUUAAAAAUUGCUUUUAAUAA